AUGGAGGCUGUUGUGACCUAUGGUCCUAGCAUGCUUCCUACAAUCGAUUUGACAACAAGUGUGUUCAUAAUGGAAAAAAUCUCAACCCGAUAUGGUAAAGUUGAUCGUGGAGAUAUUGUAAUCUUGCGCCAUCCUCAGCAUCCUACACGUAAAAUCACCAAACGUGUGAUUGGAUUGGAGGGUGAUAGGAUUACAUACAGUUCCAAUCCUAAGAGCAAUAGAUUGGAGGAUGAUAGUUUAAAAUACAUUUCCCAUCCUGAGAACAAUGAUAAGCUUGAGACGAUUGUGGUUCCAAAGGGUGGCGUUUGGGUAGAGGGAGAUAACAAAUAUAACAGCCAGGAUUCAAGAAAAUUUGGUUCUGUUCCUUAUGACCUUAUUCAGGGCAGGAUAUUCUGGCGGAUAACACCAUUUAAAUAUUUUGGACCGUUCUGGCAUAAAUGA